CUAGCGUGACGUGGUGAGGAUAUGGACAUUCUGCCUUAACCCUUCAUCCUCAUCAUCCUCGCCUGUGUCAUCAGCAUCCUCAAAGUCAAUGUCGCCGCUGUCCAUCCUAACAGCCGCAAACCACAUGGGCGACGUUGGCGAACUGAUACCAGACACACAGUAUGUGCAUGCGCACAUUGAUCACGUCGGCAGAUUUUCUUCCCUCGUGGUCGUACCGUUCGCCUGCAGGAACCUCUUCCGGCUCUUCUGCGUUGUGGUUGUCUCCCUGCUCCCCCGCGGCCUCCGUAGGCGAUCUGACUUCAAUGCCCUCAAGAGCCAGCGCCAUGGCAGCUGUGCCGCUCUGCUGCUCCUGUGGGCGUUUCGGCGACGCAGUGGGAGAGUUUUCGACACUCUUGAAAUGCACCUCGGAUGGCCGUGCGUCCCUGCCUUCCAGACCCGGCUCAUACCUCCCGCUGGCCAUGGGGCUCUUGCCUGUCUUGAUGAUGCUGCUCAUGCGACUCAGAAGCCCCAUCAACACCCCAGCCCCAGGCUUCUUGUCGGGACCCCUCAUAUGCGCACGAGUCAAGCGCCUGAAAGAGAAGACGGUAAGCAACCCCAUGCAAAGCGGGAUGUCAUAGGACAUCUAUAGAUGCAGUCGGAAUGUGCACUCACCCUGACGUGGCCAUGUUGACCUGGAAGACGUCGCCAGCGUACAGGUCGUCAGGGAUCAAAUCGGAACCUGCAUAUAUGCGGGCAGCGUGUGUCAGCGUUGCCUGGCACUCUGGCUGUGUUUUCCUUCGUCAUGUCUCACCUUCUCUGCCCUGCACGAAAGCCAACACAGAAAACGGUAAUUACCUAGCCCUACAGACUGUAGAUGCGCGCAGGCACAUACCAGGACUUUGUGAAGGCCCUUGACGUAAAGGGGCUUGUCGAUGGCCUCGAGCUGCAGGCGGCAAGCGAGGCACGGAGCAUAGCGACACCAUUAAGCACCAGUGGCCACGUUGCUGCGAUAUGAUGUGUUGUGCGUGUGGAUGUAGGCCGACCUUUAGCAUUUCGACUGUUUGUCUGAGUUUCCUCUUGUCGGGCGCCGUGACAGUCUCCAGAUCCAUCUCCUGCACACACCAAUGUAGUGACCAAUACAUACCACCUCCCGCCGCCCUGUAGAAACACAUUCAUAGAGGCAUCCAUGUGCCUGACCAAGAACUCAGAGGGGGUGUGAUAAAGACAGUAUCCAACCUGCAGACAUCAUACGACCAACAGCAAGUGGUGCUGUGCCAUCGACCCACUCUUCCGCCUACGAUUUUGGAAUCGAGAGUGAGUCUUUUGAGUUGCAUUUUCUGCAUUUUCUUGAGUCGUUUGUUGGACGCCAUGACGAUUGGCAGGACGAUGCUGACGAUGACAAGUGCGAAGCUGAUGAAGACGGUGCCGAGCAGGGUGCCGAUGAAGACAGACUCGUUCCUGUCUGUGCGAGGAAUGAAGUACUGGCCGCUCACGCACAUGACACACAGCGCCAGCAGCAAUGACACAUCCAGAACUGACACAUUGAUCAGCCAGCCAAGCAUUCAAUCACAUCACCACACAGCAUAAUACAGCCAUGGCAAGGAAAUUAUCACUGUGCGCCUUCUCUGUGCUAGGCGUGUACAAUUGUUUUCGUUGGAGAGCCAAGGCCAGUAGAAGAUCUGCAGUGCGAGCGGCCAUAUUGGUGUCAGAUUCUGUAUGUGCCGUUUGUGGCUCCUCGUGUGCCCAUGCGCGUGCCUGUAGCGAGAGGGACACGAUGAUGAUAAAGAUGGUGAUGAGGGCCUGCAAGCUGCACACACAAGGGACGGCAAGUUCAAACAGAGACCAUUCCCUCUUGUUGGCCGAUCCGCAUCGCUGAGCCUUACUGGCCGUCAUUCGGCGACAUGGCUAUACAUGCACACAUACACACAGACACACACACACACACGAGACACAGAGAGGAAGAUAGAGGUGCUGUAGUGGCAUGCAGCGCGCGUGAAUGUGCAACUGACCCGUGACGGUAGCCAGCAGCCCGUUGCGGGCCAGCAGGAUGGCUCCCCACCUUUGCAUGAAUGAAGUACACAUAAGCCAUCAGUGACACCCCAGAUUGGAUAGUGAUCUACCAGUAGACGUCAGGGCGGAACCUGCGAACAAACAAUGCACGGCACGCGAUAUAUUAGUGUCAAGAGCGGAGGCUCUAUAAUGGACUUACCGAAAGAAGAGGAAUCGGAAUCGUUCCUUGAAGGAUUUGUUCUCGUAAUACCAAGGCGCCACAAUGCUCACGUACGCAAACAGGGCAUAAACACCAAACUGGUAAGCGCAGAGAUCAAGCAUAUGGACACCACUCGAAGCGGCCAGGGACAGGCAGCGACAGCUGUGGUGGUCAUUUCACGCACCACAUAGAAGAGCAUGACGAGGAUCCCGACGGGAAGGAAUUGCGUCCGCCAUUCGUUACUGUCGCAGAGGAUCUCCGGGUAAGCGAACAAGGUCCUCUUCUUGCUGCCAUGCUCGUAGCACUGACCGUACGGCGGACACACCAGACAUACAACAUAUAGGGCAAUAUGCACAGCCCCGCACCUGGAAUGCGGCGCAGGCAUUAUUGACGAAAGAAAUGUACAGAAUCUGCACCGCCAUCCCAAGGCUGUGGGAUAGGAGGCAGGCAGAGAGGCAGAGAAGGAAGAAUGGGGAACAAAGAGAGCAUCAGGCACCUGUUGCAGAAUUUAUCGAAGUCUGUGAGGUCUGAGGAAGUGAUGCGCUCGAUGCACCGCACGAGUGGAUUCCUCUGCACCAUGAAGAACCGGGGCUUGGCCUCCUCCUCCUUAUCCUCCGCGUGGACGUCCCUGACCAUCCCGCGCGUUCUCUCCUUCAUUGUCGGCGAGGCGUUCUCGGGUGACGGCCGGAAAAUCUCCACCAUACGCGGGUCGGCCAUUGCCUGACCCUCCCCCGCACCCUCGUCUGAGUCGUUGUCGCGGGGGACGAUCUCGGGCAGGGCCUCGUCAGGCAGGUCCUCGAUGGCCUCAUCGUUGUCCGCAGCCAAAGAACUGUGCCGCCGCCGAGACACAUCCUGCGAGCAGAAACAGAGAAACCCCGACGUAGUACAGGAUCAAGGAACAGACAGGCACGUUUGGCGUCCUGUGGGCGAGGGCGGGCUCGUGUCGGGUAGGAUGGUCUCUCUCCCUCUCUCUCCCUGUGUGACUGUGUGUGUGUGUGUGUGUGUGUGUGUCCGCGAACCUUUCCAUGGGCCACUCGGUACAUGACGCGAGUAAGGGAUGAGCGGCGGCUUCGCUCCUGCGGGGCCGGGAUGAUGGGACCUGUGGGCAUACACACAUACUACUACCUCGAUGGACGCACGUGGAAUUAUUGCUGCGACUGUACCAGGUAUGAUUCGCAAUGAUUUGAGCAUUGCACAGAUUCCCCAGAGGGAGAAGAAGAUGAAUAUGAUGACAAUGGGCACCAGCUGACGAGUGAUGUAGCUGGCCAGAGGAGUCCGGCCAAUCACGCAAGCUGACAAACGUCAGCCACAUGUUUACGUAUGUCUCUUCCCAUGGCCCUUUGUGGUGUCUGUGCCUGACCGAGGCGGAUGAAUUCGACGUCGAAAAGGAAGAUGCCAGCGAAGGAGAAGAUAUCCCGCAUAAAUUGGGGAUAGUCUAUGUUGAAGGUCCCAACUAUGCUGCACGCACAACACAUGCAAGCCAUGCUGAGGGCCGUGUUUGUCUCAUGUGCCGAGUCUGUCUGUCUGUCUGUCUGUUUGUGCACGUCCCGACUCUAGCGAACUGCUUACGAAAGGUUCUGCAUGAAGUUGAUGAGCAUGCCGAGUGUGAGUGAGAUGUUGAGAGUGACGGCGAUCUUUCUGCUCUGCGGAGUGUUGACGAAUAUGUGGAACACGAUGGCCAGAAUGUAGAGCAAAAUGAGAGUGAUGACGAACGGCCCCAAACUCGACGUGCCAGAGCCGCACUUGUUGCAGCUGCCCGCACGCUUGUAGUAACCUCGCUGGCAUAUGCUGCUUGCGCGAGACACACACAAGGAGACAGAUGUUCAUCGUAUCGUUGUGCAUGUCCUGUCCUGUCCUAUCGUGCCGUGCGUGUAUCUUACGAGCAUGCUCUGCCUUCCCUGCCUUCGUCGCAGAGGGGCAAUUCCUUCUGUAGAGCAGGGUCAGGGCUGCCACCUGAAGAGGGGACGCAACACAGAUGCACAGCUGGUUUUGCUAGCUGCUCCCAAAUUGACAGGAGGGCAAGUUGGCUGCUUGUGUAUGUAUGUAUGUGUGUGCGUACCAAGACAUGCGUAUGGUUCGAGGCAUCUGAAUACAUCGAUGUCCUCAAAGCUAGCUUUAUCCUUGACGAGGGCGGCCCAGUAGUUCUUCUCCAGUAGGGGCAAGUCGUACAGACGAUCUGCCUCCUCAUCGUAUAGCACACCCACACAACGCAGACCGGUGUACUUGUUGCCGUCACAACCUGACACAUGCACACAUGCCCACACACACGCGACUUAUUAAUACAGGUGAGUACGCAAUCAUGUGUCUCACUUGCCCACUUACCUUUGCACAUAUCGUGUUUAAUGUCGAGAAAAGUGCCCUCGACACAAGUGCAGUCCUCAAUGGUGCGAGCACCGACAUCGGGGGUCGAUUUAGUGGAGGGACACUCCUGAAUGAACAAAGGAACAAAUGAAUGCUGAAUGAAUGAAUGAAUGAACGAAUGAAGCACAUAGACGCGUACGAUGCAUUGUGUUUGGCCGGUAUCAUUCUGAUAGGUUCCCUUGGGGCAAUUGAGACACAGUUCCGUGCCGUUGUCCGGAGCAUAAUUCCCCUUGGCCUGCACAGCCAGCAUGCAGUAUACGCCAGACACGGACGCAUAAUCAGGGUUCCUCUGGAGGAAGAGGUGUGCGAAUGAGUGUGGCAGCGUACACAGGGGUCGCAGAUUUCGCUCCCCAGCUGAUCCGUGGAGUUGCCUGCAAUAAAUACCCACUCGUGCGCAAUCGCCCGUUUCCCUGACUUUGCCUGCGGGAGGUGAGAAUGGCUGACCGGGUGGGCAGGGAGUGCAUGACAGGGAGCCAUUCGUGUCGGCAUACAUUCCCCUGGCGCACGGCGUGCAAGACGGCUGGCCCGUGUCACCAUUGUACGUCCCCAGCAGACACGGAAUGCACUCCUCCUGACCUGAAUACCCACACAGAGACAGACAUACAUACAGAUAGACGGACAGACAGACAGACAGACAGGCAAACAGACAAACAGACGUAGAUGGUAGCAAUACGGACAUGUGGAAGGCACGUGACAGUGACUGACCUGCUUGCGGCUGGAAGUGGCCUGCUGGGCACUGUCGGCACAUCCAAUCGCUAUCAGCGUACUGCCCCGCCGGACACUCCGGCGGGAGAGAUAAAAUCUCCAUGGCGUUGUCGGCAAAUCGCCACGGCCCAUACCACGUCAUUUUCUGCAGAUACCACUCGUACGCAGCAGCUGUACCGCAGGGAACAGCAAAAUACGACAUAGCACAUCGACAACCCGAUAUCUCGGCCCUCUCUCCUCUCUCUGUGUGUGUGAGUACCUUCCGGUUGGGUAGGUGCCCCGCUUUCGUCAAUCCGAAAGUAUGAGGUUUUGGGGAUGGAGUCAUUGCGGUUGCCCGUCGAAGGGUCAAAGCUGACGUUGCCGCCAAUUCCUAAAGAGGAAGGAGGCAGACUCAUGUGACGGUUACCCAAAGCAUCUAGACAUACCGACAACAGGGGCCUGACUUUCAAGCAUCGCCUUCAACAGGUCGCCGCGCACGUCCUGCAAUUGACCGCACAGACGAGCAUGUCACCACCUUUCUGUAGUUGUGCCGCUGAUCAGUACUGUUAUAUUAGUGCCAUUGUUGAGGAGCGUGUUUGUGGCCACUAAGAGCGCCAUCAUGGCGUCGAAAGCACGACUUGACUGACAUGGAAGACACGCACGGCGCUCGAGGAGGUCUCUGUCUUGUGUGUGUGUCUGUGGGUUGAGUUGUGUGCACCUCUCCGCCCGCCACGGGGUCUGGCUCGGGUAUGCCCAUCCCCCCCGGCCAUGGGUAGGGGGGGGGUCUGCCUUGGAAGAUGUCGAUGUCCGUGUAGUUGGGGUAGGGCUCGAUAAAACCGAUUCCGGAAUAAGUGGCCGCCAGACCUCCAUCGUAAAAGAUGCCUGACCAACACACACACGACCCAAACAAAGAGACAGCCAUCACAUGUGCACUUUGCUCCAUCGACAGGGCUGACACCUACCGUCUAAUGCCGUGCAGUCGGUUGCGUUCCUGAUGGUGCGGUUGCAGGCUCCGUCCUUCUCGCACCCACCUGGAAGCAAAUAUGCGCGGCCCCACCGACCACACACCCACUAACCCACUCACUCACUCACUCACUCAUUCACAUGUGUGCGACCUGGCACUCACCAUACAAGUAGCAGUGCAUCUGGUCAGGGAAGUCACUCGGGGUCAGUUCUUCGUUCCAGAAUUUUACGAACCUGAAGACCAACCAACACACGACAAGCAUAGAUGGCUCGAUGAGUGUGCCUGUCGAUUGUGAUGCGUCACGGGCGAGAGUGGCUCACUUAGGGUAGUUGGUAGGGUCGCGGACGUCAGUUCUUUCCAGCAUGCCGCCGGCGAACUGACCAAUGACGUCUGGAUGCCAAAAGGGAGGGUACCCCCCAUUUGUCUCAUAGUCGCACAGCGGGUCGUUCGGCAGUGUUGGGUCGCAGGUCCAGUCCGCUGGAGAAUUGGGGAGUCCAAGGGUCCUGCAGCCACACACAUACCAGGGAAGCGAGCCGACAAUCAAUCUAUCUGAUGAGCCGACCACAUGCCCUCACCCCUCUCUGUGGACGAAGAUGUCCGACGUCACGACCCGCCAGAAGUGCCCCGGACCUACGAGGCCCUUUUCGAUGAUCAAGGGAAAGAACACCGAAUACCCCGUCGACAGGAAGAGGACAAAAAUACGACUGUUGAGUGUCGCCAUGGACAGGUCGAUUCGGCUGCUCCUGUCGAUACAUUCAUACAUACACAAAACGCACACACACAUACAACGCGAUGGCCUGGUGGCGUGAGCAGUGCCAUUCUGUGUCUCAUACCAGAGCAGCUUGAUUGCUUCCACCUGGUCAAGGAAGCUUUUUCUGUCGUUGAAAUCUCUCUCGCUGGGCAGUCCUUGCAAGGGCUGACCACGAAACUGCAUACAUCAACGUAGGUCACACGCACAAGGCUUCCAUGCAGCCGCCGGCCAGCAGGGUGAUUUGAUGGUUGGGCGGAUUUGUCACCUCAAGCUCAUCGCCAUAUGCUUCCUUGACACACCGUUCGUAACGCUCGAAAUGGCUCUGACCUGCGUGUAGGCAGCGCAAAUGAGGCAAGCCACAAUCUCAGCUUCCUGCUACCCACUGCCCCUCUGUGGCGGGUGACCUUGACAUACCAAGGACAUUGUCGGAGUAGAAAAAGGUCAUCCGCCUGAUUGUGAAAUUCUUGACAAUUUCCAAAUCCGCGUUGCACAGUUCGCCUCCGUGCAAAGUCCUGCACACAGGUGCAGCCAUAGCGCAUAGUGUUGUCUAGGCAAGAGAUGCAAUUUCUCUGUCUCUCUUUCUCUCUGUGUCUGUCUGUCUGUCUGUCUGUCUGGGUCUCCUCAACUGCCGUGAGGUGUGUGUGCGUACUGUACGUACGUACGUACCUGAACAUGUACUGAUAGAAGGCACGCCUCGACAGAUCGGGGUCGCCCGAAAGGUCGGAUAUCUGGACCGUCUUGAAUGUAGUGCCUGCCCGUUGAUUGCCGUACAACACGAGAAGCCGAACAUGACAAUCACGGCUGUUCGGAGGCUCCUUCCUGUCUGUUGUCGUCCUAGUGUGUCAAUGUGUGUGUGACGUAUAUGUGUCCGUACCAAGCGAAGCAAUGGCUUUUGUGGAGGCGGAGAUGUGACAACAUAUCAACGCAUUCACUAACGCGUGUGCCACACAACAUAGUGCAUGAGACACACAGAGACACAUCCAAAGAUGCGUGGCCGUUGGUGCGUGGCUGGUGCCGGGGCUCCGUUUCUUGUCCCCUUUUUUGACCCCGUCUGUACCUGGUUCUCUCGUUCCUGCACAUGGUCUCAUCAGACCUGCAGCACGCAGCACUCUUGUGUGGCCCGCCUCAUGUCUAUGUCUCCAUCGCCAAGCUGUGUCCGUUUUCAGCUUUCUCAGUGUUCCCGUGAAGGCACCUACCUUGUGCCCAUUCAACAGUCCGCGCCUGAAGCCAACCAAUUGACAAACCGAUCAAGCAAUCCAUGUCGUCCGACGUACCGGACGGUGCUCCAGUGAGUGUGUGUGAGUCACUUACCUGGUUUUCGAUGGUGUCGAGUAUGUCUAAUGAGAUGUUAAAGUCCCUCUUGUCCGCCAGCGGCACCGGCAGCAGAUCCGUAUAGUUCUUCUCCCACACUAGUUUGGCUACCCAAGCCUGAAUAGGAAAGAUCCACGCGAACGACCCAAACCUGUAGACAACACGCGGCAACAUCCAAGGAACCACUCAUGCAUGUAAGCGGCCCUCAGAAGGAGGCUUUUAGAACGUAUUCUGACCUGAAGUCUCCAGCGUAUCCAAGCUCAAGCGUGCCGUCCACCUGCGCCGCAGACGGCACGACUCCAACGAAGAGGACAAACAGGAACGAUAAGCGGAAAACCAU